ACAAAUGUACCAUUAAUUAUUUUUUCUACACAAUAAAUUACAUUAAAAACUUGCUGGUUGAUCUUGCCACAACUAUAAAUAGAUUCCAAACAGGUCAAAUCAUUAUCAUAAAAAAUUCUCUCUUGCAGUAUUCUGUUUGGGAUGGUAAUAUCAAUUAAGAGGUGCGAGCGCGAAGCAAUGGUAUACAAAAAAGUGCGUCUUUGAGUGCAGUAUCUACCAAAUCUCUGAGUGGUGUGUGUGUUUUAAUUCAUUGUCGAUAUGCCGCUCAGGCAGGACUCUUGGUGGAAGCGCAAAACUAAGCUGGAAAGAAAAUUAAUUGUUGUAGCUUUAGGGUCUUUGCUAUUAGCCUCAUUCUUAUUAGUUUCGUUGAUUUGCCACACAAUUCACUCUACAUUCCUUGGAUCUGAUGAUAUUUGUCUAACUCGAGAAUGUGUUCAAACCGCAGGAGAAGUCUUUCGAAACAUGGACGAAAGUGUUAAUCCUUGUGAUGAUUUCUAUAGAUUUGCAUGUGGAAAUUACAUCAAACAUUCAUUAAUAUCAAACGAUAAAACCUUUGCCAACACUUUUACUGUAAUCAAUGAUUUACUUCAAGAACAAAUAAAAAUAGCACUAGAAGAGAAAAGUUGUAGUCGCGAACCUAAACCCUUCCAAACUGUCAAAAAGUAUUACAGGGCGUGCAAAAAUAAAAGUUUGGCUGAAAAAUAUGGAUUAGACAUUGCCAAAAAGCUUCUUGCUGACAUCGGUGGUUGGCCCGUACUCAACGAYAAUUGGGAUGAAUUUUCAUUUAACUGGAUAUCAAAUUUAAGAUCUUUAAGAGAAACAGGAUUAUCUGUUAAUUGUUUUUUGGAUGUUUCAGUUGGACUUGAUUUUAAACGUUCAACUCGCAGGCUGAUCCAGAUUGAUCAACCAGGUUUGGGUUUGAGUAGAGAAUAUUUAGUUAAGGGCGUCAAUGAUAAGAUAGUCAAGGCUUAUUAUGAAUAUAUGGUAGACAUAGCUCAAAUGUUUGGUGCUGACAGGAAGAAAGCACGCCAGGAACUUCUAGAAACGCUAAAAUUCGAAAUUAGACUAGCUAAUUUUUCACUUUCUCAAGAAGAUAGACGAAAUAUAAGUAGCUUGUAUAAUUUACUGACGAUUCAAGAAUUGGAAAUUAAGUAUAAAAACAUACCGUGGUUGGACCUUAUUAAUAUUAUUAUGCCUACAAACGUUCAAGUUAACAAAAGUCAACCAGUACUAGUAGGAGUUCCUUAUUUUUUAGGAGCUUUUGAGAAACUCAUCUGUGAGACGCCGAAACGAGUUCAAGCUAAUUACGUUAUGUGGCGAGUAGUCAAGGACUUGAUUUCGUAUUUGAAUCAAGAAGUACGAGAUCGUGAAUUAAUUUUUAAACAUGCUAUCAAUGGAAUACAGGAGAGUCCUCCUAGAUGGAAAGAGUGUAUAGACGAGACGACAAGUUUAUUACCAAUUGUGAUAGGAGCUAUGUAUGUCAGGAAAUAUUUUCAUGUUGAUGCCAAAACAAGUGCUCUCGAAAUGGUGAAGUAUAUUAAAGAACAGUUUAAGGAUAUUUUGCAGUCAAUCGAUUGGAUGGAUGCUGAGACACGAAAAAGUGCUUUAGAUAAAGCUAACACUAUAGUAGAUCAUAUUGCUUAUCCAGAUGAGUUACUUAAUGAUCGUAAAAUUAGCCAAUUAUAUGACGGGUUAGAAGUUGACGAAACUCAAUUUUUGUAUUCUGCUUUAAAUAUUAGCAAAUUUGCAAUGGAUUACACUAUGAGUCGACUUAUAGAGCCAGUAAAUAAGACAGAUUGGAGGGAACACGGUUUUCCGGCUCAAGUUAACGCUUUUUACCACCCACUGGAAAACAGCAUCACUUUUCCUGCCGGUAUUCUUCAAGGAGUGUUUUUUCACAAAGACCGGCCAAGAUAUAUGAAUUUCGGCGCUGUCGGCUCGGUCAUAGGUCACGAAAUAACUCACGGUUUUGACGACACUGGUCGCCAGUUUGACAAAAACGGAAAUCUAGUAAAUUGGUGGAAAGAAGAAACCAAGACAAAAUUUCUYGAGAAAGCCCAAUGCAUCAUUAAACAAUAUAACAACUACACAGUUCCUGAAGUUAAAAUGAAGUUGAAUGGCGUAAGAACACAAGGUGAAAAUAUCGCCGACAACGGCGGGGUCAAGCAAGCGUAUUUGGCCUACAAGAAGUGGCAGAGAAGCAAUCCCCCCGAACCGAAAUUGCCCGGCUUGAAGUAUGACCCGAGACAAUUAUUCUGGGUGUCUGCUGCCCAAAUUUGGUGUUCGAAACACCGRCCUGAAGCCAUAGCCUUGCAAGUUACUGUAGAUGCACAUUCACCUGCCGAGUUUCGUGUUUUGGGACCGUUUAGCAAUUCGGAAUUUUUCGCCAAAGAUUUUAACUGUCCGAAAGGUAGCAAGAUGAACCCUGAGCAUAAGUGCUCAGUGUGGUGAAUAAUUCGAAAUUGUAUUUCCAAUAAAGUUUUAGUUUUA